GGUAGACGCUGUAGCUGAUGUUGAGACGGCCUUUUCCGUUUCGCAUAGCUAGCUAGCUAAUAAACAAACACCGAACACAGUGUUGGAAACAGUAGAUCGAAUAGUAUUCCUUAAAUUAUAAGCAUUAUAAAUACAAUAUUAAUAUAAUAUUCGGACAUUUUCUCCGCUAUAAUUUUAACACUGCCAGUUCUCCAUGGUGGUGGGUGUGACCUCGAUGGAACCACCCAAUAAGCCUGGAGCCAAUCAGGUGGCAGAUGUGGUAUUUGUCAUUGAAGGAACUGCCAAUCUCGGUCCUUAUUUUGAAUCUUUGAGGAAGCAUUAUAUUCUGCCUGCCAUCGAGUGCUUUAAUGGUGGGCCUCCAGCAGAAACAGACUUUGGAGGAGAUUACGGGGGAACUCAGUACAGCUUAGUUGUGUUCAACACGGUGGACUGCGCCCCAGAAUCCUACGUCCAAUGCCACGCGCCCACUAGCUCGGCCUUCGAAUUCGUCUCAUGGAUCGACAGUAUCCAGUUUAUGGGAGGCGGUGCGGAGAGCUGCAGUCUCAUAGCGGAGGGGCUCUCUGUGGCUCUGCAGUUAUUCGAUGACUUCAAGAAAAUGAGGGAGCAGAUAGGGCAGACUCACAAGGUGUGUGUGCUGCUGUGUAACUCUCCGCCUUACCUGCUGCCCGCCGUGGAGAGUGUCAGCUACACCGGCUGCACAGCAGACCGCCUGGUCCAAAUCAUCCGCGAUAGAGGCAUCCAUUUCUCCGUGGUUUCUCCGCGGAAGCUGCCCGCUCUGCAGUCCCUGUUUGAGCGCGCGCUGCCCGUGGGAGCUACGGCCGAGUCCGCCCAUCCCGAUUACAGCCAAGACCCCCGUCACAUGGUCCUGGUGCGCGGCAUCGCCCUGCCCGUUGCCCCAGGGGGAGGGUCAGGGGCCGUGUCUCUCAAACCGGCUUUACCGCCUCAACCAAUGAGUGUCGCUCAGCCUCCUCCCGGGACCGCCUCCCAGGCCGCUCCUGCAAUGACCACAGCUCCUCCGUACCAGCAGCCUCCCUCUCUUAAUGCCGCUCAGGUUGCCGCUCAGUUGGCUGUUGAGGCAGCAAACAGCCAGAAAAGGAACUUCCCUGGAAUGGUGAAUCCAGGCCCCCCGUUCAACAGCCAAUCAGCUCUCCCAUCGGUGACGGGGGUGAAGCUCGCGGCAGCCAGCCAGCCCAGCCUAGCGACAGUUACCACGGUUCCUACCCCUCACAUGCCCCAGCAGCAAGCCACCCUCCCUCAGCAGCCUCAGCAACAGGGCCCUCCCCCAGGCCAGCCCACAGCCAACCAGCAGCAACCACCGCCCCCACAGCAGCAGCAGCUGCCCAAUCAGCAGACGCCUCCAUCCUCCCAGCCUGGCAUGCCCGGCGUGUCGGCAGCACAGCCCAGCUCCAACCCCAUCGCCCAGCAGCAGCCCGUGGCCAAUAAGGUCAUGGCGUGGAGCGGAGUACUCGAAUGGCAAGAGAAGCCCAAAGCUGCGUCAGUGGACUCCAAUAUAAAACUUACCCGCUCCCUGCCCUGCCAGGUGUAUGUCAACCAAGGCGAUAAUCUAAACGCUGAACAGUGGCCUCAGAAACUCAUCAUGCAGCUCAUCCCCCAGCAGCUACUGACCACGCUUGGCCCACUCUUCAGAAACUCCAGGAUGGUGCAGUUUCACUUCACCAACAAGGACGUGGAGUCCCUAAAGGGUCUCUACCGCAUCAUGGCCAAUGGCUUUGCCGGAUGCGUGCACUUCCCCCACAGCGCUCCCUGUGAGGUGCGGGUCCUCAUGCUGCUCUACUCGUCCAAGAAGAAGAUCUUCAUGGGCCUGAUCCCCAACGACCAGAGCGGCUUCGUCAACGGCAUCCGCCAGGUCAUCACCAACCACAAGCAGGUCCAGCAGCACCGCACGAUGAACUCUGCGGCCGGCAUGCAGCAAGGCGUGGUCCCCCCCAACCAGAACUUCCUCAACCGCCCCCAAGGACCCAUCGCCGUGUCCCACGGCAACGUCCAACAGCAGUCUGUGGUGUCGGGCAUGGCUCCUGUCAGUCAGGUCGCUAUGAUGGAGGACCAGCAGAGGCAGUCUAACCUGCUGAGGGUGGCUGCCACGGCCAAUCAGCAGACGCCGGUCACUGGAGCCCCGCCCAGUCAGGGAGGACCCGGCGGCCAGGCCCCGCCUCAGGCUCCUAUGCUCCGCCUUCCCAACCCAGGAGCCAAUCCUCAGCUCCGGAGUCUCCUGCUCAGCCAACAGCAGCCGCAACAGGGCGUUUCCCACAUGCUUUCCCAUCAGGCACUGGGGCCGCAGAUGGUCCAUGCCCCACAAGGAGGGGGCGCUCAAAUGCAGCCGCAGUGGAGGCAGCCCCUCGCAGGUCAGAUGUUGAUGGUGGGGCCACAGAGGGGCUCGGUGGCUCAGGGACCAGGCAUGCCGCAGGUGUCUAGUGUCAUGGAGGACGAGAUUCUCAUGGAUCUCAUCUGAGCCGUUGUUGCCCGCAAGACUACACUUCCCAUCAGGCCACAGCUGGAGCGUGUGCUGAGGGAGCGCUGAAGGGGAAUGGACUUUCUUUCCUAGUUCAGCUCAUCCAGUGAAAAGAGCCAUACAGCUCCGACACGUACGCUCAGAGCAGUGACACGGGCUGCAGGACACACACACACACACACACUCACACACAUACACACACACACAUACACACACACACACACUCACACACACACACACA